AUUUGUUGAAGCCUCCCUUUUAAGAUUUUAAACUCUUUCCAUAAAACAAACAGAUUUUAAGCUCUCCGAAACUAACGAAAGAUUAUCGUUAGACAGCGAAAUUGCCAAUUCGGAACCAAUCUAUUCUCCACUCCCGAUCGCCCCACCCCCCUUAGCUGCUUGCUUUCUGGUGUCCCUAAAAGCCCUAACUCGGUGGUUUCGUCGCAGAUAGAUCCCAAAUCUCGAAGCUCCUCGUCCGCCGAGUAUAAGGAGAAGGAAUCGAUCCAAAUAUAAACUCGUGACGGGAAGCGAAAAAAUCGUUCUUCCUCUUUAUUCUUGGUGGUAACCAAAACCCCUGAUCUCAAAAUGUCAGUAUCCAAUGAUGGGAACUCAUCCCCUAGAUCUCAGCUUGCUUCUCGUUGUUUCGAGGAUUUGCUCGAUUCCAUCAUCGUGGAUGUGGCGUCAGAGUGCCACCGGAUAGCGAGGCUUGGCCUCGACCGUAACCUGGAGGAAGAGGAAGAGGAGCUGAGGCUCUCGGUACAGGCCCGAGUUGCAGAUCCUAGCAGCAGCAGUGAAGCGAAUAGUAAGAAUGUGGUCGAUAUAUUUGGACAGACGCAUCCCGCCAUUGCUGAUGAGAUCUUUGAGUGCAUGAACUGUGGGCGGCCGAUUGUGGCUGGCCGUUUCGCUCCGCAUUUGGAGAAGUGCAUGGGAAAGGGUCGAAAGGCUCGAAAGGUUACAAGGAGCAGUACCAUUGCAAGGACCAGGCAUUCCCGUGGUAGUCCGGUAUCAGUCUAUGCUCCCUAUUCCAAUGCCACCAAUUCCAACAGAGCUCCAAAUGGCACCACUGGUGGUUCUGGGGAGGAGUAUGCUGACUACACCUAUGGGGUGCCAUGAAGCUUCUGCCAAUGUUUUAUUAGAUCCUCACUGAUUUUAUAGUUCGUGAAAAAUGAUUGUCCAACAGGUUCCUUUUUUUUGCUUGGUCUUGUGCCCCUCUUGGCACCCCUUUAUGCUGGAAUAAAUUGAGAAUUGCUGCCAUACUGUAAUACAUAAUCUGCACUUUUCCUUAGUUCUCUUAAAACAGAUGUGUUCUUUUUCCUGCA